AUGGCCGCAGCCUUUGCCCCCAAAGCCAGCAAGAGCCUGAUGACCCCAGAGCCUCAUUAUCUCCCCGGCUACGGAGGCCACUGUCCCCGCUACAAGUUCACCAUGGGCCAGACCUACGGGGCGCUCACCUCACAGCUGCUCACUGGCCCAGAGGGGGCACGCCCCGGUCAGCUACUUCUUCAGCCCAACUGCUGCCCCCAGGCCCCCGAUGGCCACCUGGAGGAGGGUGCCGGAGAGCACUGCAGGGCAAACACCAGCCUGUUCAGUUGCCGCACUAUCCCAGGAUACACAGGGUUCAUCCCUCGGGCACAGAACCACUUUGCCAAGACCUACAGCCAGAUCUGCAAGGAGGCUGGGCAGGAGUUUGCCAGGCAGCUGGUAAGGGGUGCUGGUGGGUGGCAGACAGUGUGCCAAGUCAUAGCAUCUCCACAGGACAUCAAGCCGGAGUUUGAACUCCCCACUGCUAAGGAGAAGCCUCGGUUGGCAGAUUCUCCCCCUGGAGUGCCCACCUCUGCUUUCAAGCUGCAUGGAGCAUCUGCUGCAGCGGAGGAUGGCGGCCCCCCAAAACAUUUCAUUUCAGGCUUCACAGGCUUUGUCCCCCGUGCCCGCUAUUUGAUGGGGGCAAACUACCCCACCCUCACCCGCCGAGCCUGGGCAGAGUUUCGCCAGAUGCUUCGUAAACAACGGCCUGAGACUCCCCCGGAGAAGAGCGCUGAGAAGAAGAGCAGAGGCCCAGUCUUGCCACCACUGGUGAAGACCUACCCCACAGACAAGGGCCUCCUGCCCCACUACCGGGGCUAUGUGCCGGGUUACAAGUUCCAGUUUGGCCGCACCUACGGCCACCUGACCUACGACGCCCUGGGCCGCAGCACGCAGGAGAAGCUGAUGCCGGAUCGCCUCCCAUAG